AUGAAGACUGUAGAAUCAGCUAUACAGCGGGGAGGGGAGAGACUCCUGGAUAUACAUAACCAGGGUGGGUGUGUUGCCCGCUAGUUGACCGUCACAUCUAGUCACAAUGGACGAUCUGCCACCGGAACAAAUCAGUGUCUUAAGAAAGGCCUUCGACGCUUUCGACAGGGAGCGGUCAGGUUCGAUCCCGACUGACAUGGUGUCCGAUAUCCUUCGACUCAUGGGUCAACCCUUUAACAAAAAAAUCCUUGAUGAACUUAUUGAAGAAGUGGACGCUGACAAAUCUGGAAGAUUGGAAUUUGAAGAAUUCAUUACACUAGCGGCUAAAUUCAUUGUAGAAGAAGAUGAUGAAGCCAUGCAAAAAGAACUUAGGGAAGCAUUCAGACUUUAUGACAAAGAAGGCAAUGGAUAUAUCCCGACUUCAUGCCUCAAAGAGAUUCUUCACGAGCUUGAUGAACAGCUGACCAACGAAGAAUUGGACAUGAUCAUCGAGGAGAUCGACUCCGAUGGAUCUGGCACUGUUGAUUUCGAUGAAUUCAUGGAGAUGAUGACUGGUGAAUAAUAUGACAUCAACAACAUCUCCGCAUUUAUGAUUUUCUUAUUCUUUUACCUGAAAUGCAUUUAUUAAAUAUGUAUAUGUUUAUGUAUGUUUUUCUCUUCAUUUUUUUCCCCUGCUAGGUGAUAAUCAAUGUAUAUCAGACUCAAACUGAGAUUUUUUCUUUAUAUUCAAUAAACUGUGUUUACAUUUGUU